UCGUGAUGUUCAGACUCAAUCAAGCAGCACUGCUCUUCACUCAGCUGUUAGUGAUGUGGAACAGUGGGAUCGUCUUUGCAGGCCCUGCUAAAGAAGAUCACAGAGUUAUGUUGGUGUCCAGAGGAGACUCAGUGAUGUUGACCUGCAACACAUCCACAAAGAAUGUAUCAGAAAUCUCCUGGACCAAAGGCAGAUCUGUUUUUAAAUAUUCCACUUCGUUAAAUCGCACCUCUUCAAAUUUCUCAUUUCACAGACUGAAAAUAAAUCAUGAGUUACCUUCAGAGCUGAUUAUUUUUAGUGCUCAACCUGAAGAUGAAGGACUUUAUACAUGUAACAUAGCUGACAGAAGAGGCAUAAACAGCAUUACGUGGAACUUGACUGUGUCUGAGAUCCUGAAAGAAAACAUUUCAUUAGAGGAUUUUUGGUACAUACUCCCACCUGCAAUUGGAUUCCUUCUAUGUAGCGUCAUGGUAGCUGUUUUCUUCCGCAGAAAAAUUAUGAGGAGGACACCGAAUCAGGAUCCAGUCCAAACUCCCGCUCAGCCAGGAGAGACAGCUCUCCCUCAACCGCAGGGUGGCACAGCUCAUUGGAAGAAUAACAAGCGGAGGAGUCAGUAUAUGGAGAGGCUGAAUUCAAUCUAUGAUCAGUUCUGAGCUGAUGAGCCAUCUACAAUUACACAGACGUGGACAUUUUUCAGCUUCAAAGCAGGGACUGCAAAGAAACCCCAUCAGAGGGAGAGCAACAGGGCUUCUACAACCUCUUCAGCUCAGGCACACAGCUCUCACUGUGAGCACAACAGUUCCGGUCAGGAGACAGACUCCCUCUCUAUUAAACUUAACACUGUCCUUUUUGAUAAGGAUUACAGUUAGGGCUGCAGCAGGUCACCCUGAACCAUGCUGCCAUAGGCCAAGGCUGCUGGGGGGGAGGGUUCCCAUGAUGCACUGUUUCUUUCCAUUAACCUCUUUUUACUCUGCUUAUACCCCCACUCUGUU